GUGACCGCGGAGAAAUAGGCCGUGGGCCGGAUGUGGGGCGGUAGGGCGGGAGCCUUGCUCCGGGUGUGGGGGUUGUGGCCAUCAUGGGUCCCCGGGAGGAGACCACUAAGCUGCAAUGCUGCGUCGCAGGCCCGAAGCAACUCCCCCCGGUGUUGGAAGUGCGGCGGCAGCCCAGGGGGCCCUAUGGGGGAGGACGUACUCUUCUGUCCGCAGUGCCGCGCGUUGCAGCCACCCGACCCCACUCGAGAUUACUUCAGCCUCAUGGAUUGCAACCGUUCCUUCAGAGUUGACACCACGAAGCUCCAGCAUAGGUACCAACAACUACAGCGUCUUGUCCAUCCAGAUUUCUUCAGCCGGAGGUCUCAGACUGAAAAGGACUUCUCAGAGAAGCAUUCGACCCUGGUGAAUGAUGCCUAUAAGACCCUUCUGGCACCCCUAAGCAGGGGACUGUACCUUUUAAAGCUCCAUGGAAUAGAGAUUUCCGAAGGGACAGAUGAUGAAAUGGACAAGCAGUUCCUCAUGGAAAUAAUGGAAAUCAAUGAAAAACUCACAGAAGCUCAAAGUGAAGCUGCCAUGAAUGAGAUUGAAUCCAUUGUCGCAGUCAAACAGAAAGAAUGUAUUGACAGUGCGAGAAGAGCUUUUGAACAAGAUGACUUUGAAAAAGCCAAGGAAAUUUUAACAAAAAUGAGAUACUUGUUAAAUGUAGAAGAAAAGAUCAAGUUAAAGAAGAUUCCACUCUAAUUGUUGCUAAUUUAAAAGUUUUAAAAAUAAAGUUC